ACCCCUUUUUUUUUUUUUUUUUUUGGACUUUGGCAGUGUUUGUGUGUGGUGUCGCGCCUGCGGGAGACUCCCAGAAACACACGAGAGAGCUCCAGGAUGCUUCACGUGACGGACAGACGGUCUCUUAACUUCCAGUUUGGUGCCUUCACUGUCCUGGUUUUACACGUCCUGACGCGCUCAUGUAGAGGUCAGUCUCAGGUGAUUGUUCCAGCUCAACCAGUCGUGGCGUUACUCGGCGAUGACGUCAUUUUGCCGUGUCGCCUGGACCCUGCCAUGAAUGCCUUUGGCAUGAUGGUGGAGUGGUUGAGACCCGAUCUGGACCCCAGGUUUGUCCUCGUGUGGCGUGACGGUGUGGAACUGAAGAGUAAAAAACACACGUCCUACAGAGGGAGAGCAUCGGUGUUCACUGAUGAACUGAAGCACGGAAACGUUUCCCUGAAACUCUCCAACGUGAAGAGAUCUGAUGAGGGAACGUACAGAUGCUUCAUUCCAGGAUUAGGCAGAGCCGCGACCGUUCAGCUCGUUGUAGGUGCCGUCUCCUCACUUCAUGUCAAGAUGACGUCUAUAAACAGCAGCAGAGUGGUUCUGCAGUGUGAGUCUGCAGGAUGGUACCCAGAGCCUGAGGUGCUGUGGCUGGACGGUGAGGGAAACGUCCUCUCUGCUGGACCUGCAGAGACAGUCAGAGGUCCCGAUGACCUCUACACUGUCAGCAGCAGAAUAUCUGUGGACAAGAGACACGGCAACAACUUCACCUGCAGAGUCCAACACAACGUCAGCCAGACCAGACCAGCAUUCGUCCGUGUCCAAGAUCAUUACUUUGUGGUCCCCACUACUCCCAGUGCUCCCAGUACUCCUGGAAGUCCACAUGUUGUUAUUGGCUCAGUUAUCGGCUGUGCUGCUCUCAUGUUAAUUCUCGCUGUCGUCUUUGUUGUUUGGAAAAGGAGACAAAAUAAGUUCAAAAACAAGAGGACGAGCCCCGAGGAUGGACCUGAGCCGAACGAGGAAGAAAAGACAGAUGCAUCCAAAAAUGAUAACACAGGAUUUCAGGUCGUGACGGAGGGAGGAGGAGAAAGAACACCGCUCAUCGCAGCAAGAGAAGAGGAGGUCGAAUCUCACCGAGAACGUGACGACUCGCAGCGCGUGGCUGAAAUAAAAACACACCAACCAGACGGGGACGGGACAGAAGGAGAGAGGGAACUUAAAUCAGUGAAGAAUCAAAAAGCAACUCCAAAUCCAUCGGAGGGA